AUGUCAAAGGUUUCUGAAAUUGAUUUACUAAAGAAGAGCCUUUCCAUCAUUGAAGCACGUAUAACUGAUCAGAACACAAACGCUAAUGCUGUACUACAAGAAUUAAAUGAAUUACAGAGAUUUAUCUCUCCGAAAAAUCUAGAUAAAUAUUUACCAAUGUUAGAAUCUAUAUUAGAUGUCUUAUUUUCAAUAAGUGAUGACCGUGAUGUCUCAGUUCGUCACAUAGCAUCAGUAAUUCUUGAUUCUUCAGUUCAAGUAAUUCUUCCUUUCCAUAAAUCUCCGAUUUUACACUAUAUUUCGCAACACUCUACGAUCAAAUAUCAGCCACAUGCCUUAGUUUCAAUGAUAGAACUCGCUUUAAAAGUUACAUUAUUCUUAACACACUCAGUUAUCUUAGAUCUUUUCUCUCAAUUGACAUUUUUACUCGAAACAUGUGCAUCUCAUUCAUCAGAGAUUGUUGCAGAAAAUUUCAACAGAAUGGCACCUCAAAUUCGUCAAUUCAUUGAAAAACCAGAAAUUAGAUUACAAUUAAUACGUUUACUCGGUGAACCAAAGGAUUCUGUCCUUUCAGCUCGCUGGGCAAUCAAAACUGCAGCUAUUUUUGCAUAUCCAGACAUAAUCGAACAAUCAUUACCAUUUAUUCCACAGAAAAUGUACUUUCUAGCAUCAAUGCCUGAAAUAAAAAUACCAGAAAUACCUCUUGGUGCUACUUUCGAAGAUCUUUUACCAUUUAUUGAACAAGAUCCAUUUCAUUUUACAGAUUACUUACAAAAACCUCCAGAAGAUCACAGACAAUUAGCUCCAUUCCUUCUAUGUCUCAAGAAUGCCCUUCCUUAUGGCUUUAAACCUGAAUUUGACAUUAAAAUUUUAACAGAUAUCUCAAGAGAACCAAAUAUCUCAUCUCUUCAAUACGAAUGCAUUGCAUUAGGUAUGUUAUCAGAAGUAAUCAAUGUAGAUCUCCGCGAAAUCUUCUCAGAAGUCACUUCUUCGACAAUUUCAGCUUAUUCGAUUUGUUUCAACCGUUUCCCUUCAAUAGAGUUCCUUGAAAGUGUCCUAAACAUGGGCUGCGAAUCCCCUGUCACUGCCAAAUUAGUUGUUGGCUUUCUUUGCGAAAUUGAUUUUUCGAGAUUUAAAAAAUUCAUCAAAAAAUCAGCUACAAAGAUCGCGACAAUUGCAAAGAGCAGCCACGACAUUGUACAAAAAGCACUUUGUGAAAAAUGUCCUCAUUUUAACAAUGGAGAUGUUUUACCUUUAUACGAAAAAUUCCUUGAAUCUGCUGAUUAUUUCGAUUCCAACAGUUUCAAGAACCUUUGUUGCGUUUUAAGUAGCAUGAGUUGCCCGAGAGUUGAUGAUUUAACUAAUGCUUUCUUCGCGACAUUGACAGAAAUCGAUGGAGAAAUAAUUUGGGGUGAUGUCACUUCACUUCACUCAUUUUUGACUUCACUUAAGAGGUUUUGCAUGCAUAGCAGAUUGAUACGGAUUCCUCAGUACAUUGCAUCUCUUCCUGAGUUAGUACUCUACGCAAUUGCUUGUUUUAUUUGCACAGAACCUCCUCAUUCUUUGACAAAACUCAGUUCAAAUUUUCAAUGCCAAAGUGGUCGAUGUUUGGCCUCAAUUUUAUCGAAACAGAGUCAAGCAGAUUUACUUGAAUUAAGGGAUAUUGCGGCUUCAUGUGUUGGUGCAUUGAAGACACAAGUUGUUGUUGAUUUAGUUUCUUUGGAUGUGAUUGGAAGAAAACUUUUACCAUGGCCUUCUGCGAAUAAUUGGCUUUUGCUGAAUAAUACGAGUGCAAAAGCAAAUGUUGAAACAACUGCUGGCGUUCUUUCUUGCGAUCCAAAGGUUGUUUUCGCUGCUGCACAAGUUUCUCCUGAAAAAUUACCAAAAACAUGUUACAAUCUAUCACCAGAUUUAAUUGUUUUGGCAUUGGAAAAAGGAGAAAAAAUAGAAUUUAAUUUGAAUUUAAGUUUGAUAAAAGCUGCUAACAGAAGAAAAGAAUUUCCACAACAAAUCGCUGAGAAAAUGAAGGGAUCGUGGAUGGCUGUAGCAAUUAAAAAACACUUCGAAUUAGAUUGCGUGAAAGAAAUUUACGCAAAGCCAUUUAGAGAAUGGUCUGGACCUCCUGCUUUCUGGAGUUUAGUCCCUUAUUUUGUGGCAAGGUUAAUUUCAAGAGGUGUAAAAAUUGACUUCACCGGGGAACUUCCCCCUCCUCAAAAAUUUAUAACCGCCAAAAACGUAAGAAUUUUCAGAAAAAUUGUGAAGCCAUGCCCGAUCAAAAACAUGGUAAUUAAAAUGCCUAAGAAGGAAGAAUACAAUUUCUCGAUUGACGAAGAAAUUGAUUACUUUGGACCAGAAGUUUUGAGAGGACUCAGAAACUAUUUGUAUAGAAAAAUUGAAUGUGGAACAUUUGAGGAAUUAAUUACUAAGCCAAAGAUACACAUUUCUCCAUCAUUAAUUGCUAUUUGUCACAAUGAAUUGAGUAGGGAUGUCACUGAAUGUUCUUAUGAUUUAGUUUGUUUGAAUAUUGAAUUGGCAGCGAUUUCUGAUGAUGUCCCUAAAGAUGAUGCGAAGAAUUUACUCAAAAUGACAUCAUUUAAAUCGCAUUGGAUAUCAUUAUUAAACAAGAAAGAAAGUUGGGCUCCAGAAUUAUUGAUAACUCCUGAAUUCAUUGAUGAAAAUGUUUUCACCGAAAGAGAAUUGUUUUCAUUCAAAUUAUACAGUUUGAAGAAUAAUAUCAGCACAUUUAAUUUGGAUCCAAAAACAAAUGAAUACAGAAUUUAUGAUACAACAACAAUUAGAUUUAGUCAUGCACUAAGAGCAAUGAUUGUUCCUUCAUUCAAUCAAAGAAAUGAACAGAAAAUGUUACAUAUAAUCAGUGAUUUUGGUGUCAGUAAAUUUGAGUUGAAAGCGUUGGAAACAUGGUGUUCAAAAGGACAUAAACCGAUGUCAUUACUUAGAUUCAUUUUGGCUUCUUGUUUGAACGGAUGGACUUAUUUCCCUCACGAAUUCAUUGAAGCAAUUAAAGCAGCAGUUCCUAAUGAUGAUUUAUGUUUGCAGAUAAGAGCAAAUAUAAUGGCUGCAAAGGAUUCGCCUCUCAAACAAGCUUUGGAGAAAUUAAUUCCUAUUUCUCAAUAA